AAAUUUCACCAGUGGAUUACUUAUUUCGAUUUACAAAUAGACAGGAUGCUUGGGCAAAGAAUUAAAAUUUUAUUUCACCAAAAAAUUGGUCUAAAAUGUCACCCAAGAAGUUGAUCUGUGUAUGGAGGCAAUAUAUAUAGCUAAUGAUUAAUGAAUUCAAUACAUACUACUAAACGUUAUUUGUGGUUUGUUUACAAUUGUUAUUAUUGUCUGCGCUUUAUGGAUUGAAGCAUUAUAAUUUCUUUUUAUAAUGCUACAUCAAAUAUUUCAUUCAUAAUUUUAUCAAUGUAGGACCUUUUAGAGCUGGCUUAGUCGGAUUAGCAAUAUCUUCAACUUCUGCAACUUUUUUUUGGACCUUUCUCCUGAUUACUCCAUCACUCAAUCAUAGAUUCAAAUGUCAAGUAACCUGGAGGACUUGCCUCUGCCGGCAAGCUCUUUUUCAAGUAAAGGAAGAGGCGAGAAGUUGUUUAUGAAUGCCAACAAAAGGAUCACUACCAUCACAAUGUUAUAUAUUACAAUCUCAAUAGCAGCCACCUUUUUCAACAAACUACUCUUUACUUACUCUGAAUACAAGUUUCCUUAUCCAUUUUUUACUGUCGUAUCUCAACUUUUGAUUACAGUUUUAUUCAUGUUUAUUUGGAGUAAGUUAAAGCCAUUCCAACAUCCUCUAGCUCAAAUACCCGCCUUCAGUUGGGACUCAACUGUGGCCCUCCGUAUUGCACCACUGACUACAGUUUAUAUGUGCGUUAUUAUUUUCAACCCAUUAUAUCUACAACAUGUAGAAGCAACAAAUUAUCAAUUUACACAUUCGCUUACUAUUGCAUUCUCUUUGUUAUUUUCAUAUCUUAUGCUUCAAGCAGAGACUUCAAGAAAUGUCAAGUCUUCUUGUAUCCUUGUUAUGUUUGGAACAUGUGUAGGGUCAAUGGGCUAUCUUAAUUUUUCUUUGGUAGGCGCAUUCUAUAGUUUGGCAUGGCCUGCUAUUGUAGCUUUGUAUGGAAUUUAUCUGAAAAAGACCUUGACUGCUUCAAAAAAUGACAUUUGGUGCGUUAUUCAAUACAACUCCAUCAUGUCUAUUGGUGUUUUGACAUUACUUGUCAUUUUAUCUGGUGAAUUGAGCGAUAUAUUCUCUAAUGUUUGGUUCUGGGAUGAGUUUGGUUUUUGGCUACAAAUGGUUCUCACUGCUAUGACUGGAUUUUGCAUUAACGCUAUCAUGCUUCUGAUGCUAGUGCAUACAUCACCAUUGACUGUCACAGUGGCGAGUGUGUCAAGGACUGCCAUACAAGCACUGUUGGUUACAGUUAUUUUUGGCAAUAGAAUGAGUCUUCUUAAUGUGAUAGGCAUAUUGAUUUCAUUAGCUGGAUCAGGUUGCUACAUUUUUUUGCGACUAGGUGAGACAAAGCUAUAA